AAGGCAAGCCCAGUUGUCUGCGCGGUGCUGCGUGCUUACUAGCGGGCAGUGUGGCGACAUUACGUGCCAGCGACGGAGUGUUAAGGAUUUUUGUCGAGAACAAGCACUUGCAUCUACAUCGAAAUGGCCGAUCAGCUUACAGAAGAGCAGAUUGCUGAAUUCAAGGAGGCAUUUUCACUUUUUGACAAGGAUGGAGAUGGCACCAUCACCACCAAGGAGCUGGGCACGGUCAUGCGCUCGCUUGGUCAGAACCCCACAGAGGCAGAGUUGCAGGACAUGAUAAAUGAAGUAGACGCCGAUGGCAAUGGUACGAUAGAUUUCCCAGAAUUUCUGACCAUGAUGGCCAGGAAAAUGAAGGAUACAGACAGUGAGGAGGAGAUCAGAGAAGCUUUUCGUGUGUUUGACAAGGAUGGCAAUGGCUAUAUCAGUGCUGCUGAGCUGCGUCAUGUGAUGACAAAUCUGGGAGAGAAGCUGACUGAUGAAGAAGUAGAUGAGAUGAUCAGAGAAGCAGAUAUUGAUGGAGAUGGACAGGUCAACUAUGAAGAGUUUGUACAAAUGAUGACGGCGAAGUGAAGGCCUUGUACAGAUUUCGUAUAUAAAUAAUUUGCCUUUUUUCUUUGUGUAAUUUAUCUGUAAAAUCUUAUUAACCCCCUUCGUCCUUGCCCCUACUGCUGUCCAAAGGAACUGCAUGUAAACUGCAUAGGCUCUUGUCCCCAUGUCCCUUUCUUUUGCUGUCAUGGUGUUCGAGUGACGAAUGGUCAUACAACCAGAUGCCUGUGGAGGCCCCUGGGAGCCGGAGUACUGAAUCUUCCAGUGUUGUGCUCGGGGCCCUCCUUGGCAAGGUGACAUUGGAAACCUGUCAGCUGGUUGUCACUUGGCAACACUGUUGGCAUGGAAACAAUGUAGAGGAGUUAAAACUCUGCAUGGACUAUGGACAAAGUAUAUAUGGGAAAUCUCUCAGCAUUGCACUACUGCAAAAAAAACGACACGGGUGUAUCUCCUAGGUACUCGUACAAACUUUUUGUAUCAGCUGUUCUGUAUACCAGAAAAUGACUAAUCUUACCAUGCUUUUUAAUGUUUUAUCACAAUUUUUUUAUGGCCUCUGGUCAUGCCUCAAAUAAUCCAUUCCAAGUUGUAUAUUUUUUGUUUUCCAAUAAAAUUUACAAUACACGGA